AUGAAGAAGAGCGUUGUCAAGAAUCGCGCGCCGGCGCCUAUUCAGAUCACAGCUGAGCAAAUUUUACUUGAAGCCAAUCAGCGCAAAGAAGAGGUCGCGCCGCCGCCGCGUCGUCGCAUCGCCGAUGCCGCGGAGCUUUCUGAGUACCGCAUGGGCAAGCGCAAAGCGUUCGAAGACGAACUGCGACGCCAACGUCAUCACAUGGGAACGUGGAUGAAAUAUGCGACAUGGGAAGAAAGUCAGCACGAGUUUGCCCGCGCCCGCAGCGUCUUUGAGCGCGCGCUGGACGUGGACUACAAGGCGACGACGAUCUGGCUUAAAUACGCAGAGAUGGAAAUGCGUCAUAAGUGCGUGAACCACGCCCGCAACGUCUGGGACCGCGCGGUCACGCUGUUGCCGCGUGUACCACAAUUGUGGUACAAGUAUGCGUUUAUGGAGGAGAUGCUGGGCAACGUACCCGGUGCGCGCCGGGUGUUUGAGCGCUGGAUGGCGUGGCAGCCAGAUGAACAAGCGUGGUACUCGUACAUUAAGCUCGAGAUGCGAGUGCAAGACAUUGGGCGCGCGCGAGCGCUGUACGAACGCUAUGUGGCGUGCCAUCCCGGGGAAAAAGCGUACUUAAAGUAUGCGAAAUGGGAAGAACGGGCGCAGAAACAGCUGGCAUUGGCGAGAAAAGUGUACGAACGAGCGCUUGAAGAGCUCCGUCGAGACGAAAAGACCGAGCAGAUUUAUCUGGCGUUUGCCCGCUUUGAAGAGCGAUGUCGUGAGCUCGAGCGCGCGCGUGCAGUGUUUAAGUACGCGCUCGACACGUUACCGAAGGAAGAGGCACCGGCACUUUACAGUGCGUUUAUUACGUUUGAAAAGCAACACGGCGAUAAGAAUAGGAUUGAGGAGGUUGUAAUUGCUAAGAGGCGCGUUGUGUACGAGCAACAGGUGGCUACUAACGCGCUGGACUACGACUCGUGGCUUGAGUACAUUAAGCUAGAGGAAAACGAGGCGGUAGGUUCGCAGUCGUUUGGUAGAGUGCGGGACGUGUAUGAGCGCGCGAUCGCGAAUGUACCACCUAUUCCUGAAAAGAAAUACUGGCGUCGGUAUAUAUACCUCUGGAUCAAGUACGCGUUGUUUGAAGAGUUGCUGGCGGGGGAUUCUGACGACAGUGGUUCCUCGUCCGAGCGCUGCAAGCAGGUGUAUCAGACGUGUCUGAAGCUGAUUCCACAUGAAAAGUUUACAUUUGCCAAGAUUUGGAUACUUUACGCCAAGUUCCUCAUUCGCCAGCGUGACGUACAAGAAGCGCGUAUGACGCUUGGAGAAGCCUUGGGUCGCUGCCCGAAGAAGAAACUUUUUGUUAGCUAUAUUGACCUGGAGCUCAUGAUGGGUGAAAUUGACCGUUGUCGCAAGAUUUACAUGCGUUUCCUAGAGUUUGACCCGCAAAAUUGUGAAACGUGGCAGAAAUACGCCAUGCUCGAGAGGCAGGUUGGCGAAGUCGAGCGUGCACGUGCGAUAUACGAAUUGGCUAUCAAGCAGCCGGUCCUGGACAUGCCCGAGAUGAUCUGGAAACACUACGUUGAUUUUGAGAUUGAAAACGGUGAGCGGGAUAAUACGCGUGCACUGUAUGAGCGGUUGCUGGAGCGUACGAAGCACGUUAAGGUUUGGAUUAGUUUUGCCCAGUUUGAGGCAUCGUCGCCUGGUGAUAAGGAUGUUCAAGAUGAUAGUCUAGAGGCAGCACGCGAUGUAUUUGAGCGUGCAUUGCGGCAUAUGAAAGAGCAAGGUGGUGAUGAACUUAAGGGAGACCGCGUCUUGUGCAUGGAGACGUGGCUAGAGAUGGAGAAGAAGGGCGGUGACGCUGAGAUGAUUGCGAAGGUCAGCGAGAUGAUGCCGCGCAAAGUUACAAAGCAGCGCAUGGCGUAUGCACAGGAUGGGACGGAAUUGGGUCUGGAAGAGUACACGGAUUACAUCUUCCCAGAUGACGAGCAGGCGCAAUCGCACUUGAAGCUACUGCAGGCUGCACAACUUUGGAAGCAGAAGAAGCGUGCCCGAGAAGAAGCUGCAGUUGCAGGAAGCAACGAGAAAUAA